ACCCAGCUUGUGGAUUACGUUCCCGCGGACGAAUGACCGAGGUCGCGCCUGCGCACCACGCCGGCCGGGGUCGGAGGUGCACGCUGCGUCCGUGCUGGCCACCCGGUCAGGGUUCCCGCGUCUGCGCGCUCGGUCGCGUCCGCCGAGGGUGGCGGGGCAGCUGACGCGGCGCUUGGGCGGAGAGUCCCCGCGUCCAUCGGAGCCGGCUCUGCCGAGGCUCUCUGAGGUAUAUCUCCAUGAAUAACUUAAAUGAUCCCCCAAAUUGGAACAUCCGGCCUAAUUCCAGAGCUGAUGGAGGUGAUGGGAACAGGUGGAAUUAUGCCCUGUUGGUACCAAUGCUGGGAUUAGCAGCAUUUCGUUGGAUUUGGUCUAGGGAGUCCCAGAAAGAAAUAGAGAAAGAAAGAGAAGCCUAUCUUCAGAGAACAGCUGCUUUCCAACAGGACCUUGAAGCCAGGUACCAUGCUGUCAUCUCAGAACACCGACGAGCUGUUGCUCAGCUGUCUUUGGAACUUGAAAAGGAGCAAAAAAGGACAACUAGUUAUCGAGAAGCCCUCAUCUCUCAGGGGCGCAAGUUGGUGGAAGAAAGGAAGCUUCUAGAACAGGAACGGGCACAAAUAAUGCAAGAAAAAAGUCAGUUGAAGCCUCUAAGAAAUGUGUAUCUGAACUGUCUGGAAGAGGAGCAGGACUGGCAAAGGAAAGCCCAGCUCAUGCUGAAGGAGAUAGGAGAGGCUCUUGUGGAAAGACAGAACAUCUACUGCAGUCCAAUUCUUCCCCGCAGUGCACGGCUACAGCUGGAAAAGAACUUAUUGAUGCGUGCUUCCAUGGACUCAGUGGCUACUGACCUAGGGAUGGCAGCUGGCUUAACCGACAUAUUUAAGCAUGAUAAGCAUUGUGGGGAUGUCUGGAACACCAACAAACGCCAAAAUGGGAGGCUCAUGUGGUUGUAUCUCAAGUACUGGGGACUCGUCGUCGAGCUGAGAAAGUUCAAGCGAGUAGAGCAGGUCAUACUAGAAAAGUAAGAACAAUCAUUCGUCAUGGCCUGGUGCAUUCUUGGAUCUCAGAUGUCAUGUCUUUCUCUGCCACCCAUAUGUGAUCAUAUAUAGCCCUCUCCAGGGCAUCUACUCCUGUUCCUGAGCAGUGCAGUAAGACCUUGGCAGGCAGGGGUCCUCUGUUGUGCUGCAGCAGUGAAGGAUUCAGCUGCUUUGAAGCAUUUUGAGCUGCUAAUAUUUAGCAGAACAGUGUUGUAUCAUAUUUUAACUCUAGGGUAAACAAUGUUUUUCAAAGAUGAAAUACAGUGUUGAUCCUCACCAUAAUUAAUUUCAUUGUUGGAUUUUAAUCAAUUCUGCCUUUUAGGGUACUUUACUCCUUCCCUAGAUUCCAUUCAGAAGUGAUGCCUUGCACUGACUUACCAAUGGUAAUAGUAAUCUCACCAGGAUUUUAUCUUGUGUGGAAGAGCUCUCACCCACAGAAGAAAAAAAAAACAAAAACCAAACGUUCCUUGUGUCAAGUUGGUUAGGUGUGUGUUGAAUUUAUCUUGCCUAUGUAUUCCAUAAACAAAUAAUUAUUCAUGAGCAAUGACAUAUAAUACUUGCCAUUUAAAACUGAGAGCAUCCGUUUUA